GCCCCAAACAGUCCCCACUUCGUGAUCCUCUUCUCCAUUUGAGUCCUAUUAGAAAUUUAGAAUCACAAUCGGAGACAACUUCCCCUGAUUAUGGCUUCUUCGAAUACUAAUGCUAAUCCACAAACGAACCACCACAUAGUCUAGAAUCCAAUAUAAACCCUAGGCUUGAAAAUAAUUUCCCCUUUUAUUUUUUCUAAUUUCUUGAAUUUUUAGAUCUCGACCCAUUUAUUCUUCUUCAAUAGAAGAGUAAUUAUUCGAUUUUGCAUUUCUGAAAUACUGAUUUUCCUAUCCAUAGUAUCGGCAUAAUGAUAUUUUCUAGGAUUGGUCGAUCAUUAUCGCGAUCUUCUCGUUCGAAGAGUUAUUUAUACGGUUAUACCGGUGGUGUGAGAUCGGCGAGUUCGAGCGGGGCGUUACUAGGAGUGGUCCGCGUUGCUUCCAGCGUGGAUGAAUUCGAUGGAGGACCAGCGUUUUUAAGAAGAUAUUUCGGUUCGAUUGGAGCUCAGAAGGAGUUCGCUUCCAAGUCUAAUUUAUAUGAUUUGAAUUAUGUACUUGCAAACCCUAGAAGUCAUCGUUUUUUCUCUAGUGAAACCCCCAAGAAGAAAAAUUAUGAGAAUUUUUACCCUAAGGAAAAGAAGGAAAUUCCUAAAGGAAAUGACCAGAAAUCUGAAUCGAAAGGUAAUUACCUUCUCACUGACUCUUCCUUGUUCUCCAUUUUCUGUUUUCUGUUUCAAAACUUAGUAACUCCUCUGUUAGUUGUUGGGUUGUUUCUUUCUUCCUUUAAUAUAGGUGGUCGUAAACUGAAGCAGAUUAGUUUCCAGGAGUUCAAAAACAAGCUUCUGGAACCUGGCUUAGUGGAUCACAUAGUUGUUUCUAAUAAAACAGUAGCGAAAGUGUAUGUUAGGAGCUCAUCACAGAAUCAAACAGGUGAGGAUGUUGUUCAAGGCCCUGUAAGUGGUAGUUCUUCAAGAGGACAUGGAGGUGAAUGUGAAUACUACUUCAAUAUUGGUAGCGUUGAAUCUUUUGAGGAGAAGUUGGAAGAAGCCCAAGAAGCAUUAGGAAUAGACCCACAUGAUUAUGUUCCCGUCACAUAUGUUUCUGAAAUGGUUUGGUACCAGGAACUGUUAAGAUUUGCGCCGACACUGUUACUCUUGGGAUCUCUCAUAUAUAUGGGCCGUAGAAUGCAAGGAGGAUUGGGUGUUGGUGGUGGUGGCGGACGGGGUGGCAGGGGAAUCUUCAACAUUGGAAAAGCACAUGUGACAAAAGUAGAUAAAAAUGCCAAGAAUAAGGUCUAUUUCAAAGAUGUAGCUGGCUGUGAUGAGGCAAAGCAAGAAAUUAUGGAGUUUGUGCACUUCUUGAAGAAUCCAAAGAAAUAUGAGGAGCUGGGAGCAAAAAUUCCAAAAGGUGCUCUUUUAGUUGGCCCUCCGGGAACAGGAAAGACCCUUCUGGCAAAAGCAACUGCAGGGGAAUCGGCUGUGCCAUUUUUAUCUAUUUCUGGUUCGGAUUUCAUGGAAAUGUUUGUUGGUGUUGGACCAUCUAGGGUGAGAAACUUGUUUCAAGAAGCAAGGCAAUGUGCUCCUAGUAUAAUAUUUAUUGAUGAAAUUGAUGCAAUUGGUCGAGCAAGGGGGCGUGGAGGCUUCUCAGGUGCCAAUGAUGAACGCGAAAGCACACUUAAUCAACUUCUGGUAGAAAUGGAUGGUUUUGGAACUACUUCUGGAGUUGUUGUGCUUGCUGGCACUAAUAGGCCUGAUAUUCUAGAUAAAGCUUUAUUAAGGCCUGGUCGGUUUGACCGCCAAAUUACAAUUGACAAACCUGAUAUUAAGGGCCGCGAUCAAAUAUUUCAAAUAUACUUGAAGAAAAUCAGACUUGAUCAUGAGCCAUCAUAUUACUCUCAGAGGCUUGCAGCUCUUACUCCAGGUUUUGCUGGAGCAGACAUUGCAAAUGUUUGUAAUGAGGCCGCUCUUAUUGCUGCCAGGAAUGAAGGAACAGAAGUCAAGAUGGAACAUUUUGAAGCAGCAAUUGACAGGAUAAUUGGUGGUUUGGAGAAGAAGAACAAGGUAAUAAGCAAGUUGGAACGCCGAACUGUUGCCUACCAUGAAUCAGGUCAUGCUGUUUCUGGCUGGUUCUUAGAACAUGCUGAGCCCUUGUUGAAGGUAACCAUAGUUCCUCGUGGUACAGCAGCUCUUGGGUUUGCCCAAUAUGUUCCAAAUGAAAACCUUCUCAUGACAAAGGAACAGCUAUUCGAUAUGACUUGCAUGACCCUUGGUGGAAGAGCAGCUGAACAGGUUCUGUUGGGGAAAAUCUCAACAGGUGCUCAAAAUGACUUGGAGAAGGUGACAAAGAUGACUUAUGCGCAAGUAGCCAUAUAUGGGUUCAGCGAGAAGGUGGGUCUGCUCUCAUUCCCUCAAAGAGAGGAUUCAUUUGAAUUGUCCAAGCCCUACAGCAACAAGACAGGGGCAAUCAUUGACAGCGAAGUGCGAGAAUGGGUAGGGAAGGCCUACGAACGCACUGUCCAACUUAUCGAGGAACACAAAGAGCACGUUGCACAGAUUGCAGAGUUGUUGCUUGAGAAGGAAGUGCUUCACCAAGAUGACCUGGUUAGGGUUUUGGGCGAGCGGCCAUUCAAGUCAGUUGAGGUAACAAAUUAUGACAGGUUUAAGCUAGGAUUUCAAGAGGAAGAGAAUAAGAGUGAGGAGACUCAAGAGAGUAGAACUGUAGAAGAUGAUGGAUCAUCUUCUUCUUCUCCUCUGGAACCUCAGGUAGUCCCUACUUAAUAAAUGGGAAUGUCGUGAUUUGUACAUUAACCUACUAAAAUGUUUUCCAGUUUUCUUUUAAAUGAACAGAUUUGUAAAAUUCCCUUUACCAUUUCCUUCCUCUAGCCAAACUAUGAAGAAGUAAUUUAAUUUCUUGAUGGGUUCUACUCUUGUAUGUAAACUGAAGGUUAGAGCCCUUGCUUCUUCCUGUUGGUUAAUAAUAAUUAAAAGAAAAUUUUGGUGACUUGGGAAUUUUCUA